AUGCUUAGCCCCAAAAACUGCCCAGAGAACACCUACUCCUUUCCUCAUAUUCCACAUAACGUUUUGUUAAUCAAAAGGAUAAAGUCGAACAAUGUGACGGCGAUUAGUUGUGUUCUCAGUCUGUGGCUCACGGAGCAAUACGAUUGUAAAGUCUUCGUGGAGAAGGAGGCCCUAGGCGACUUUGAUGCAAUGGGGUGUCACGUGAACCGCCCUUGGCAGCAGGAGAAGAUAGACCUUGUUAUAUCAUUGGGCGGUGAUGGCACUACGCUCUGGGCUUCCUCGCUAUUUGACGACCGACCAGUGCCCCCUAUUAUGGGUGUUACUCUCGGAAGCCUGAGUUACAUCAACCAAUUCAGUGCUGACGAACUUCUGACAACAUUGGCUCACUUGUUCGAAUCAAAACAAUGUAACGUCCAAAUGCGAUCCAGAUUAUUUAUCACAAUAUAUGGCCAUGAAGCUGACGCGCUUUACUACGGACAUUGUGUCAAUGAAUGCACUAUCGACCGUGGUCCAGCAGCCAAUAUGGCCAAUCUGGAUAUCUAUAUCAAUAAUCGAUUCUUUACCUCCAUGUCCGCCGAUGGCUUAAUCAUUGCGACGCCCACGGGGUCCACGGCUUAUUCCAUGUCCGCUGGAGGAGCUGUGGUCCACCCAGGUGUCUCCUGUAUUCUGUUUACACCCAUUUGUCCACACUCUCUAUCCAUGAGACCUUUAGUUCUACCCGCCGACGUGGAAAUCAGAAUCAAAGUGCCCGACGAUGCAAGACAAUCCGUCUGGCUUAGCCUCGACGGUCAUGAAAAACAUGAAGUCCUACCUGGCCACCACGUGGUCGCUGCUGUUUCUGCGAAUCCGAUGCCUCGUAAGCUUAAUACCAACAUAAACAUCGACAUCUGUACUGACAGUUAUUCGCCGUGCAGAAUGCAGACAAGGAGAUCCAUGGCUGGAGAGCCUUACGGACAAUCUUCUUUGGGGGCUUAG